CCAAGGCAAAGUUUACGAGAAGAAUAUGACAGGAACCAUGAUCGGAGUCACCAACGCCAAUGAACAACAAGCCCUCGACAGAGCCCAAGAGGUCCGACAAUUUGAAGACUCCAACCUUGGAGUCAAAGGCCUCCUUGACUCGGGCCUCUCCACCCUCCCUCCCAUGUUCAUCCACCCGCCCGACCUUCUAUCCAGCCUCAAGCCUGUUGUUGGGCUCAAGACCGAUUCAAUCCCCAUCAUUGAUCUCUCCGGCUCCAACUCCGACCGACGACCCUCAGUCAUCGAGGAAGUUGCACGUGCUGCUCGUGAGUUUGGCUUCUUCCAGAUAGUCAAUCAUGGCGUGCCCACGGAGGUCCUGGGUCAAACGAUCGCGGCAGUGAAAGCGUUCCAUGAGCAGCCAGCGGAGGUGAAGGCUAGGAUCUAUCGAAGGGAAUCUGAGACCGGGGUCGCCUUCUUCGCCUCCAGCGUGGACUUGCUUCACUCCAACGUGGCUUGCUGGAGGGAUUCGCUCCGGAUAAGGUCGGGUCCUGUACUCCCAGACGAGGAAGAAAUACCGGAGGUGUGCAGAAAUGAGGUGAUGGAGUGGAAUCAACAGACCCAACACCUCGGAGUCCUCCUGAUGGGUCUGUUGAGCGAGGGGUUAGGAUUGAGUCCGAGCAAGCUCCAGGACAUGACGUGCGUGGAGAAGCGAAACAUGUUGGGGCAUUACUAUCCUUACUGUCCCCAGCCUGAUCUGACUGUUGGCCUGAAGCCCCACACCGACAAGGGGGUGAUCACGGUGCUCCUGCAAGACCAGGUUGGCGGGUUGCAGGUGAAGCAUGGCGAGGCGUGGCUGGAUGUGACGCCCUCUCCAGGUGUUCUCAUUGUGAACAUCGGCGACCUUCUCCAGAUCAUGUCCAAUGACGAGUACAAAAGUGUGGAGCACCGAGUGUUGGCCAAUCCAGGCCCUGAACCACGCCUGUCGGUAGCGGUUUUCUACUAUCCGCUUGAAUGCGAAAACCAGAUCGGACCGAUCCCAGAGCUCGUGUCACCAGAGAAACCUGCUGCUUUUCGACAAUUCAAGCUUGGCGAGUACCUGAAGAGAUUCCAAACUGAGGUGCUGGAUGGGAAAACUUUGAAAAAUCACUUCAAGACAUGAUAUAAGAGGCAUCUAGGCUAAUAUAGAUGGUGCAAGAAUAAGAUGCUUCCUUAUUUUUAAUAAGAAGCAAUCGCUUAUUAAGUUGUAAGUUCGGUUUGGAUUCGCUAGAAUUCCAAGCCAUUGUCCUAGUUCAAGGACGCUGUGUGCCUAUAUUUAAGAACGAGUCAUCUCGUUUCCUCCACAAUAAGUCGGUAUGUCUGGUAACAGGAACAUAUACUACUUCCUCAUCCUAUUUUAACUGCACUUCUCAUCGAAA